UUGGCUGUGCUUUGCAUGUACAUCACAGGUGUUACUGAAACAGAGUGAAUCCAGCAGCUCUGUGUUUGAUCCUCCAUCAGCUCUUCACUGUAAUCCAGAUCUCCUAACAUGAUGCUCUGCUCCGGACUCAGCAGCACACUGUUGCUGGCAGCAACCUGUUCACUCAUCACUUCAGGCUUUAUCAGAGCUCAAGUUCCUCCUCCUGUGACCCCCAUAUCCACAGGGAGAGUGGUCACCUCUAACGGCCUCAGUGUUCCUCGCCUGAGCUGUGUGGGUGGAAUGAUCAUUGUGAGGUCAGCUGAGUACAGAUGUGGAGGUGAAGUAAUCUGCUCUCACGGUGACGCUGUGAACAACGUGAGGAACAGCUGUGAUGGAAAAACCGAGUGUGACAUAAAGUCAAACAUUACUUAUGAUCCUGGAGUCUGCAAAUACCUGGAGACCACCUACGACUGCUUCCCACGCCAAAGUGUAACAUGUGAAGCAUCUCAGGCAAACCUUCAGUGUGAUGAAGGACAGGUUAUAGUCGUCUCCUGGGCUUAUUAUGGUCGCCGUGACACGACCACGUGCUCUGAUGGACGUCCUGUCUCUCAGAUCCAAAAUGUUAACUGCUUCUGGCCAGGAAGCAUGGACUAUGUAACUACCAGCUGUAAUGGGAAAAACAGCUGUACUGUUGAAGCAAAGAGCUCAGAAGACCCGUGUUAUGGCAUUUAUAAGUACCUGGAGGUGUUUUACACUUGUAAGGCUCCUUCCUGCCCUGCUGGUUGGACUUGGUUUGGAAGUCGCUGUUUCAUCUUUGAUAGCAGUCAGAAGAACUGGACUGAUGCUAAGAGUUCCUGUCAGACACUCGGUGGAAAUCUGGCCUCAUACCACAGCACAGCUGAGUACACCUUCAUCAGAGAGCUCACUCGCACAGCAGCAGGGUCGUAUCCGACAGCUUGGGUUGGAGGCAACGACAGAGAGACUGAAACUGUGUGGAAGUGGAGUGAUGGUUCCCAGUUUGACUUCAAAAACUGGGGUAAUGGAGAACCUGACAACUCUGGAGGAGGUCAAGAUUGUAUGGAGAUAAACUUUAAUGGACGAGAUUAUGUCAACGACUCAGGAUGUAACUCACAGAGAGGGUUUGUUUGUGUCAGAGGUCCAUAACUGCUCCUUCGUGUCCUGACACGUCUGACAUGAUGAUGUCACAGCCUCACUGCUGAUGUCACUUCCAGCAGGAUGUCAAGCCUCGAUGACAUCACUGCUGGAGGGUAUUGAUCAAUAUGAUUUCCUAUCACAAUAAACAUGA